AUGGAUUUGCUCAAGAUCUUGUCGCGUGGAACAAAAAAGACCACCAACUCGGUCAGCGCUCCCCCGCCGAGCUCGAAACCCGCGAACCCUCAACUAUACCACGAUCCUACUCGCGGUUUGAAGAGAAAGCGCAAUGAAGAGGCACUAGAUGUCGCAACGACGGACGAUGCGCACGAGUUCGACUUCUUUGCCGCACCCGAUCCUGUCGAAACCAGAGCCAAGGAGACAGAGCAGCCAAAGGCAACCAAGCCGCAGCCAAAGACGGAAGAGGUCCAGCUUCUCGACCAGGAUGAAGUGCGCCAAGUUUUACGGUCGCAUAGGCUAAAAUUCACCCUGCUCUCAAAGCACGAAGAGGCAAAACUCAAGGUCAAAAAGUCCAAGAAGAAGGAACAACCAAAGCCAAAGAGCAAGGACGCCAAAUUGUCGCUAUACCCCCAACCGUUGACCUCGUUUACCGAUCUUCGAAACGCCUACAAGAUAUCCCCAAGACUAGUCGAGAACCUGGCCAAACAGGGCUUCAGGUUGCCAACUGAGGUUCAGCUUGGUAGUCUACCAUUGCUGAUUGAUCCCAAGACCGCCUUGAAGAACUCUGAGAGCGAUAGCGUAAAGCUCGGCGAUGAUGAAGCAAUCAAUUUUCUGGCAGUUGCACCUACUGGCAGUGGUAAAACACUUUCCUUCCUGAUUCCGACCGUCAAUGCCAUCCUCAAGAGACGAGCGGGAUCCGGAAAGCCAGAGGGUCAUGUAUUGGAGGCCUUGGUCAUAGCGCCAACUCGAGAAUUGGCACACCAGAUUGUCCGUGAAGGCCAAAAGCUGGCGGCUGGAACAGGCGUCAAGAUUGUGGGCUUCAAGAAGGGCAUGCGCCUGCCCACGGAGGACGGUGUUGAGAAUCUAGACGAGGACAGCAACGAAGAUGGGGACGAUUCUGCAGCAUCCGAGGACGACGAGGAAAGCGACGCAAGUGAAACUCCGAAAUCAGAUGGCCCAAUCACAAAGGCAGACAUAAUAGUAACAACUCCAAUGUUGCUGCUGAACUUUUUGACCAAGAAGGGAUCGGCGAGGAAAACACUACCUCACGUGCGGUCUAUUAUUCUGGACGAAGGUGAUGUUCUUCUAGACGAGCUGUUCAGGGACCAGACGAUGGGUAUCGUUAGCUGCUGCACGAACGAGUCUUUGCGGUUCUCAUGUUGGUCAGCUACAAUGGGCUCAAAUAUCGAGGCGCUGUUACUUGAAAAGUUUGGUCAAACAGAGUCGGCAUCUGUAGUACCGCUCGUGCGCCUGGUGGUCGGUUUGAAGGAUACGGCAGUGCCUAGUGUGAACCAUCAUCUCAUUUACACCGGUGAUAACGAGCGAGGCAAACUCUACACCCUUCGUCAAUUGCUACACCCCAACUCCAGCAACUCGUCGACAACUAUUCCGGAAAUGGGGCUCCCCUUUCUUGUAUUUGUGCAGACGGUUGAGCGAGCUUCAUCUUUGUAUGAGGAACUCAAGUUUGAAUUCCCUGCCGAGGCUGGCGGCUCCACACGAAUUGCCGCGUUGCAUUCCAACAUGUCCGAGUCCGCAAGAUCCAAGAUCAUUGCUAGGUUCCGGGCUAACGAGAUUUGGGUGCUCAUCACAACGGAUUUGUUGAUGCGAGGAAUCGACUUUCGUGGCGUUAAUGGAGUCAUCAACUUUGACUUGCCGACUUCGGCCGCUGCAUAUGUUCACCGAGUUGGCCGAACCGGUCGUGCCGGCCACGAGGGUGGCGUGGCCGUCACCUUUUACACCAAGGAAGACAUUCCAUUCCUCAAGAAUAUUGCCAAUGUCAUCUCAUUGAGUGAGAAACAAGCUGGAAAGGAGGAUGGCAUACCCAAAUGGCUGAUGGACGCCCUCCCCAAGGUGCAAAAGGAGGAUAAGAAGAAACUGAAAAAGAAGGGUGUAGAGUCUCGUAGAGGCAACAAGGCCGAAAUCACCACCAAGAGCGCCUGGGAGAAACGCAGAGAAAACAACCGAAAGGGGGCAAUUGCUGGAAGCAAGAAACGCAAGAUCGAGAACCGGGGAGAUGAUAGUGAUGGUGGUAACAGCGAAUGGGGUGGUUUAGAUGGCUAA